ACGAGCCCCGAUUUCAAAAGUCUGGUGAAAAAGUAGGUUAUUUCCCUUCCGCGUUCUUUUCGGACGUCGGGCUGUUUAGUUUUAUAUGGCUCCGUUGGCGAUGAGUACGCACUUGUUUAGAAACAUCUUAGAUCGAGGAUCGACUUCAUAACAGCUACCGGUAUCUCUUAAUUUGCAAUGGGAAUAUCAGAACGCCUCAGAAGUUGGGAUGAAAUUGCUGAAAAUAUAUCACAGGGAGACUUGAAUUUUGACAGAACACAAAAGGUGGCAGAUAUAUAUCGUGACCACCGCCGACAUCUUGCAAAAGAAUGGCUUGAUUUGAACAGUUAUAUCAAGCACCGGUACUUGAAAUAUCCCUAUUCAAUGAAAAUUGUAUCAGAAGUAGAUGACAGUGGAAACAUCGAAGAAUAUGAAAAGAAAUACGUUAGCCCAGACGCGGAAUAUCGAGGAAAAAGAAUUGUAAUGGCUGACAACGAGUUUCCAUACGCAUUUUCUCCUGAAAUAUCACACAAAGUAAUAUGGAGUGUAGAAGAUCUAUGUGCCGAAGAUUACCGACAGUUUGUGAAUAGAGAUUAUCCUGAGGAAGACUAUGAUAUCAUGGUUUUUGUGAAUCCGGUUCACCUAAAAAGCGUCCGUGGAGUUCAUCACGGGCACGCUUUAAUCAGACGAAAUGGUGCGUGGAAAGAAUAAGUGAAUGAAUGUACACGAAUAGACUUGGAUACUCAAUCAUCUUCAUCACCCUAUGUUUCUAUUUGAUACGGCACAAAUGAACAUUAUACCAUGUUUCUGUUCUUCAAAUAAUCUAAUCUUUCCUGUGAUUACACUUAUUUAUUACAUAUUUUUUAUAUAUAUGGAAUAUUAUCACUUUACACAUCCUUAAAAAUACACUGUGAGUUUGGAUUGGGAAUUAGCCUUUGUUAAAUUUUCUUCAAGUUGUUUCUCGACACAUGAACCUGGUAAAUCUAUGUUCCGUCAUUUCUCUAAACAUGUCACGUUUAUUUACGCAAAAUUAUUAUUUUUUUCUGCUUUGAUAAAUUGUUUUUGUACUCAUUCAUGUUUGCAAUCCCCGGUGUUAUUUGUGAGCAGCAGGAUUAUUUUUUAGAUUAUGCUUGUUUAUUUAUUAUAUAUGUCAAUAGCAAUCUUGUAAAAAUAUAGUACAUUUUGUUUUACAUACUGAUACGUUGACACUUAGUGACACUGCAAUUUUAUUUCUUGUAUAUCUUUUUAUUUUUGUGUGUCUUGUAUGAAAGGUGAUAUCGUCAUAUACUAUAUUUCCGUGUUAUUAAAUUUAAAUGAAUAAUUAGGAAAUGCAAAA